GCUGCCGCAUGUGUGCAAAGAUCGCCUCAAGCCCAAAUUGUAUCCUCGUCCCUCAACUCAGUCGCUCUUGCUCGCGCUACACGCAUCGCGGAAGUAGUAAAAUUCAAUAACGAUGGGCAGAAACAAGAACCGCAAGGUCGACGUUCCCCUCAAAAGCAAGCUGAAGAAGGACCCUGGAAUACCGCGUCUACCUAGUCUGAAGGUACGAAAUGCGGAGAAGGAAAAGGUACAUCCACACCCCAUCCCUCCACGCAGAACGGACGGCGAUGCAGAGAUGGCAACGGAGCCUACUCUGUCGUCUCUAGCUGCCAUGGCGGAAGCCGCAAUACCAUCGGACGACCUGGCGUUCAGCGAUCCGUCCUCAUCCACGAGUGGCUUAGCGAAGACGAAGGAGCAAAUCCGCAGACACUACAUACGAGCCCUGCACAAAGUCAUCGAUGAGUCGGACAUCAUCGUGAUGGUGCUUGAUGCCCGCGACCCGGAGGGAUGCAGGAGUAGGCUGGUGGAAGAAGAGGUGCGGCGGCGAGAAAGCGAAGGCAAAAGACUGGUGUUUGUUCUCAACAAAAUCGACCUCGUUCCCCGUGACAAUGCGCAAGCUUGGCUGCGCUACCUCCGCCAUACCACGCCCACCCUUCCCUUCAAGUCCGCAUCAAAUAAUCAGCGAUCGAGGCUCUCUUCGCCCACCGCACCCGCUCUCAUUCGCCUACUCAAGGCAUACAAACCCAGUUCUGCUCAGACUGUCACCGUCGGAGUCGUCGGCUACCCGAACGUCGGUAAGAGCAGCUUGAUCAACACUCUGAGGCGGGCAAAGGUCUGCCCGGUCGCCGCGCAGCCUGGCCACACAAAGGAGCUGCAGACCAUACAGCUGGAGCGAGGCUUGAAGGUGAUCGACUCGCCUGGUGUUGUUUUUGAUGAGGAUGACUUCGAUGAUGGCAAGAGCAAGUCGAGGAGUAACGUCUUACUGCGCAACGUCAUCAAAGUCGAAGACAUCGACGACCCCAUUGCUCUAGUGGAAGAGAUUCUCGGUCGGACAGAUACUGAGACGCUCAAGAAAAUCUACAACAUCCCUGAGAUUGGCCCGACACUACAGUUCCUCACCAUGCUCGCGCUGACAACCGGCCGCUUGCUCAAAGGCGGCACGCCCGACAUUCUCUCCGCCGCCCGCACAGUCCUGACCGACUGGAAUCACCAAAAGAUUCCCUACUGCUCCGUUCCGCCCGACGUCCACCCCUCGCUCAUCCCCUCGACCAUUGUCGAGGGCGGCGAGCGCACCGUCGCGCCGGGCGCCGAGUCCGUCGGCCAGGCGCAGAUCGUCACGGAGUUCGCUAAGCCGUUCACACUCGACGGGCUCUUCGGCGCGGCGGACGCGGGCGCGUUCGGCGGGGUCCCCGGACCGGACGCGAUGGAGCUCGAGCCGGAGGAGGUCGUCGAUGUGAUGGAUGAGGACGGGAAGCAGAUGGACGAGGACGACCUCGCGCCCGCGAUACCGCGCAAGCGCUCCCGCUCGCCGUCGCCCGCGUCGACUGUGGCGAGUGGCGUGCGGGACCCGGGCGAACGCCAGCCGAAGCGCCUGAGGAAAUCGCAUGAUGUACCCACAUAUGAUGCACCAGUGGAGGAGCACGCGCGGCGCUCGAUGGCGAGCGCGAACCCGCUGAGCAGGCGUGUGCUGAAGCGGGAGGCGAAGAAAGUAAGGAGGGCGGCGACGAAGGCGAUGGUCGCGGAGAAGAUGAUCGGAAUUGCGGGCGCCAUGGAGGUUGAUGAGGAGAGUAAUAUCUCUACUACGUUCAUGGCUUCGUAAGAGGGUCAUGCUGAAUUCUGGUGUCUACAUCACUGCGUCGUUGAUUUGCUAUGCUAGGAACUCUGCUUCACGCCACAUGUCAUCAAUGUGGGAGCUUCAUACUCGCCUGUCCCGUCUACUAUUGUGUUAUAACUCUGAUACGUGGUGGAAAUCUUGAUUAUGCCAGUUGACAUGGUGUUGCGUCGUAGGUAUCCCCGGCGUCCUUCAGAAGGCGUUAUUCGCCAAAUCAUACAUGCAUGACCCUUAGC